AUGGAGAUUUACGCAGCUGGCGCAGUCGCCGCAUUCACCGUCGACGUCCUCGCCUACCCGCUUGAUACGCUCAAAACGCGCUACCAAAGCCAAGAUUACAUCUCGACAUACGGAAAGUCCACUCAGAAAGCGUUGGCACUGCGAGGUUUAUACCAAGGCAUAGGGAGUGUGGUGCUGGCUACCCUUCCGGCAGCCGGUCUAUUCUUCUCGACCUACGAAAAAGCCAAAUCCGUCAUCGGCACCCUCCCGCUACACCAAUCCCUCGUCCACUCAUCAGCCUCUGCCACCGCAGAACUAGCAUCAUGUUUAGUCCUUGCCCCCGCGGAAGUCGUCAAGCAAAAUGCCCAGAUGCUCCGCGAAGAUGCUACCCAAUCACGAGCGUCAACUUCCCUCCAGGCAUGGCGACAACUUGCCGCCAAGGAUGCGCCGAGGAGGUUAUUCACGGGGUAUACGGCGCUGGUGGCGCGAAACCUGCCAUUUACGGCGCUGCAGUUUCCUAUUUUUGAGCACCUACGGUCCUGGGCCUGGGAGAGACGACUACGAAAGAGGGGACAGGGACAAGGACAAGGACAAGAGAAGGGAAUUUUGGAAACGGGCUUGAUAGCGGGUGGGAGCGCGGGGAGCGCCGGGGCGGUGGCAGCGUGGAUUACCACGCCCAGUGAUGUUGUGAAGACGAGGAUGAUGCUCACGGCUGGUGAGGGGAGUGAGAUGUCUGGGAAGAUGACGUCGUGGGCGGUGACGAGGCUUAUUUACAAGGAGAGAGGUCUCGUGGGCUUCUUUAGAGGCGGGCUGUUCCGGGCUGGGUGGACGGCAUUGGGGAGUUCCUUGUACUUGGGGACGUAUGAUGCCGCGAAGCUGUGGUUGCGGAGGAGGAAGAAUGAGGCGGAUGGAGAUGAUUCGGCGUUGUGA